GGUUUAAUGACGUCACUGGAAACAGACAAGGCAGCAACUUGCAUUACAGGUUUUUCGUGCUGAUUUAUGUUAAGAUCACCACGCCCACCGGUCAACGUCCAUCCAACAGCCACAUUCACCCCAGAGCAGCCGCAGAAUCUUCACCGGAGCUGGAAGAAUGGAGAAAACCUUCAGCGUCUUUAACAAGCCGAAGGUGGAGCUUCAUGUCCACCUGGAUGCCUGCAUAAGACCCGAAACCAUUUUGUACUUUGCCAGAAAGAAACAGAUGCAAUCAGCGCACUUCGAGAACCUGGAAAGCUUUCAGAAAAGCGUGACGUGUUCUUCCCCCGGGAGCCUCACAGAGUUCCUAUCCAAGUUUCACAUCUACAUGCCGGCCGUGGUUGGUGACCGCGAAGCUGUGAAGAGAAUUGCCUAUGAAUUCCUGGAAACAAAAUCUAAACAAGGGGUGGUGUAUGUGGAGGUCCGCUACAACCCUCAGCUGUUUGCCAACUGCAACGUCCAUCCCAUCCAGUGGAACCAGAAAGAAGGUGACCUCACGCCAGAGGAAGUUGUGGAACUCGUAAACGAGGGGCUGAAGGAAGGUGAAAGGGAUUUCAACAUCAAGGCAAAAUCAAUUUUGUGCUGCCUGAGACAUAUACCGGAAUGGUCACCUGAGGUUGUUGAGCUUUGUAAGAAAUACCACAAUGACACCGUGGUGGCCAUUGACCUGGCAGGAGAUGAAGGUUUGAAGAGUGAAACUUUUCCUGGACAUCUGAAAGCUUAUGAGGAGGCGGUAAGGUGUGGGAUCCAUAGGACAGUACACGCUGGAGAGGCUGGACCGCCAUCCGUCGUUCGGGAGGCAGUUGACAUGCUGAAGGCAGAAAGAAUCGGACACGGCUAUCACACCCUGCAGGACCCAGCGCUGUAUGACCGCUUGCUGAAAAUGGAUAUGCAUUUUGAGAUGUGCCCUUGGUCAAGUUAUAUCACUGGCGCUUGUGACCCGGACCUCACAAAGCACCCGCUCAUUCAGCUGAAGAAUGACGGAGCCAAUUAUUCCAUAAGUAACGAUGGCUCCCUCCCCAUGGGCGGCGUGGCGCUGGAUAUGGAUUAUAAAGUGGCGAAAUCUCAAAUGGGAUUCAGUGAAGAGGAUUUCAUGCGUGCGAAUAUAAAUGCAGCUCGUUCCUGUUUCCUACCAAAAGACGAAAAACAAAAGCUCCUCGAGUUAUUGUACGAAGCAUAUGGGAGGAGAGACUUCUGACUUUGGUUUUGCCUGGCACAAGGAUUACCAUGACCUAUCCCGUGUCUCAUUACAGCCUCGUUAUUCCCGUUAUAAAGAAUAUUUACAGAUUAAAAUGUAAGUUGUAUUGCUAUCCUAGACCACCACAGAAUCUGCAUUUUUGUUUACCGCCUGGAUCAAUAAAUGUCUAUUCCCACUUUGUAGCACA